CAACAGAUUGUGUUAUUUGCAGUACACAACUUCCUCUACAACUGGGAGGUUCCUUGAAUUAUAAUUAUGGAACAUGAGACAUAGCACAACAUUCUAUGUGGAUCUUGAGAACACACAGAGCAUCAUCCUUGAUACAACUCUCCUCUCCUUACACCUAAAACAUUUAUCACUUCUGCUCACACUCACGUAACUGUAAAUCAUUUGCUCAGAUAGUUAUGCUUUCAGCUAUCUAAGGAAUUUAUACACAUUCACAGCUCCCCUCCUAAAGUCUGCACUUUAUAGCACUGAACUUCUGUCAUUAUUUUAUCCUCUCUCUAUUCUAUGUCAUUAACCUCUGUAAGAUUCCGUGAGUUGGGUGAGGAGGAAGAAGAUGGUGAGGAAAGCCCUAACAUGGAGUCGGUAAAGGCACUAACAGCCCGAUUAAACCUACAAACGCGCCGACCCUCUUACCAAGAAUGGGCAUUGAGAGUGGAAGGGCGGCCAUGGAUGAAAAAUCAAGAACCAGCCACCAAUGGAAGUGCCCCCCCAAAACAGGAGCAAGACUUUCCCAUAAAUGGUGUAUGUGGAUUCAGGUCCAUGGAUGAUGCACUGAAAUGGCUGAGGAAGGAACUGAGUGAAAUGCAAGCCUCUGACCAUGCACUUGCCAGACAGCUCAUGCGGCUGAGGGCUCAGAUCUCACAGUUAAAGGUGGAACAGGCCUGUGAUCGACACAAGGAAAUGCUGGAUGAUGCUACCUAUGACCUGGAAGGCUGUGAUGAGGACUCAGAUCUGCUCUGCAACAUACCCCCUCGUGCUGCUUUCUCCCUAUCCACCCCUCUUAAGCACAUUGGGGUCACGCGCAUGAACAUCAACUCCCGACGCUUCUCUCUAUGCUAACACUUUUUUCAAUCAGUGUAUAGCUCUACGAACUCCAGUGACUGCUGUGACCUCUGAUACCUAAAAGAUCAAAUAAUCUGACUGUUAAUUUCUGUGUAACACUGACAAACAGCAUAAAAUGACUGAAAAACUCACACUAUAUGUAAAUUGUUACCUUUAUGGCUUUAUAUAUUGUUUAUGUUAUGAAAUGUUUAGCUCUAUUUAGCAAUUACUUUUAAAUCUUGAAGUUGUGAUACUUUUUGUUUUUACUAUUAAAUGGACAUAAAACACAAUAAUAGCAAGGUUAUACUUUUAUAUUUAAUGUGUUGUGUAUACCAAUGCAGUGCUUCAAUACAUUUUUCACAAAAUAGGCCUGAGUAAAGCACCAUGUGAAGGAAAGUAUAGGGGCUGUCAUGCCUGUGCCUAAGCAUACUCAUAUCGGUUUUACAGCUAGUGCACAUGUGCAUAUGGCCCAUGAAAGGAUAUUCUAGACAACUGGGUGAAAAUGAAAGGGAUAGUAAACACCUUCUAAUUACAAUCCAGUUUUAAAGUGUUGGAUGGGCCAAUAUGUGAUAUAGUCUGCAGACAACAAGGCUUUUCACUAGGGGAUCUCCCUUAUUUGUACAAACCCUUAGUCAUCAGUCCUUAGAACAUUUUUCUCCCUUAUCUUUUACAACAUCUUUACUUUAGACAUUUAAUAUUGUGCUAUCGUACUCUUAUUUAGUUAAGAAUUGUGAUGUCUUUCCUGACAUAUCUGUGCCUUAAAUGGAUGGUAAACACCUUGUAAUUACAAGUCAUUUCUGUUGUGCUACUAUAUAAUAACAUAUCGGACAUCUUAAUGAGUUUAAAAAAAUGAACAUCCUUUUUACUGCAAUUAUUUUUCAAUAGCCAAACUACACUUACCAUUUGUUUCAUUUUGAUUUGCCAAUCAGGGCUUUAGUCAGCAGACUACCAGACUAGUCAUGAUCAUAAAGUUUGUAUAAAUGCAUUUAUUUUGCAGUUGCUUUCAGUUAAAGGCAGUUAGAGACAUAUAUCUAGCAGGGUUAGUCUUCUUUAAAAGUCAGCAGAGUACCGUUUUGGUUCUGAGAAUUAGAAAUUGCUCAAUUACACAAAAAGGAAAAAAAAAAUAAUGCAAAUAUAUUGUAAAGUAGGUAUAUUAUAGACGUGUUUUUGGCUGGAUUGCUAAUUCCCUCAUCUGUAUUGACUUUUUAAUUAUGUUUGAAUAAACGUGGAUUUUUACUCAACUUUUUGUGUGGAGACGUUUGGAAACUUCAUCUUUUACUAGGUAUAUUAUACAUUAAAAACCCCAUUAUGGGCUAGAUUACAAGUGGAGCGCUAAUUUAUUGCGUGCCCGCAAAUGGACAAAUUCACCUGGGCGCACGAUAAAUAACCAGCCAUUACAAGUGGCUGGUUUUUGCUACUGCAAGCUUGCGGUAGCAAUUAGUGCUCAAAAAAUUAACAAGAGGUCAGACCUUUGGUUAUUUUUUAAAAUGUCCCCCAAUUGCCCCAAAAUACAUUGUAGUGUGCCUUUUUCAAACUAAAAAAUAUGAGCAUCUUUUGUUUUUUUAAAAAAAACAAAAAAACCCUGCACAAAGCAGUUUUUAGUGGUUAAUGUGAGCGAGUCUGGGGUGUUAGAAAAAAACCAGCACUGAAAAGUGCCUUUACAUUGCAGUCUAUGGGGAACUGUGUGUUCUCUAUACAUAUAUAUGUAUAUGCUUCACAUUGUGCUCAACUUGUAAUAACAGCGCAUAUUUGUGUUCGCUGGUAUUACUUAGUGGAGAGCAAAUAUCGCGCUCGCGUAAGCGAUAUUUUGCACUCCACUCAUAAUGUGGCCCUGUAUAUACAAAUUUCAUGGUGUUUAUUGUCCCUUUAAAUGAGACAUAGAAUUCACAAAUUUGCAGAAAGUUGUUAAAUGUAUUAAGUCUUUGUACCAAACUGUAUCAAAUUGUAAAAUAAAGAGUUUUUUUUCAGUAA